AUGACGCUCCAUUCGAAUACGGAACCCGAAGAAAUCUCCACUACUCUUAACCAAAUCGUUCACAAUCCUUAUUCGUCAUCUUCAUCUUUAUGCAUGCAAUUCAAGGGUAAGAAUAUUCACUCUCUUCCGUCUCAAGUGCCUGGAAUUUCUAUCCCGGCAUUUAACUCCGGCGUUGGGAUGGCAAUUUCGUUUGUGGAUCGCGACCGGCUCGGUAGAUUGGCUAUUCAAGCCGAAUCAGAGCCUGCAGUCAAUUUCUCUGAUCCUGAAACUUAUUUUGGACCCAACUUUAAAGACAGCGCUGACAAUGCCUUAUAUCCAGCCAGCGGUUUCAGUUAUGACAGCGAGGUCCCGGAUGCAACGUUGGUGCCAUCAAAUCAAGAACGGCCACGGAUUUCAUCGAAGCGAAGCAAAGCAGCCGAAGUCCAUAGUUUGUCAGAAAGGAGGAGGAGGAGUCGGAUUAAUGAGAAAAUGAAAGCUUUACAGAAUCUAAUCCCAAACUCCAACAAGACCGAUAAGGCUUCGAUGCUUGAUGAGGCGAUCGAGUAUUUAAAACAGCUUCAGCUUCAGCUUCAGCUUCAAGUACUGAUGUUGUCAAUGAAAAAUGGAUUGAAUCUGUACCCAAUGUGCUUACCUGGAGUACCACAGCCCAUGCAAAUGGAUCCUACAGACACGGGCUAUGAUAAGGGACACAUAUUCUUCAGUCCCAUCAUAGGAGCAGGCACAUUUUCUUCAAAUGAAGAAAGCACGAUGAAUACACCUUUUAAUCUUUCCGAUCCGUCCACCAUCUCAAAUCUGCCAGUUGCACCUUCUGCAGCUUAUAUGUCUAACUUGGAAGCUUCAAUUGGUUUUGGAUCAUCUGCUGGGGCACACUAUGGUUCUUUUACUCACUCGACAUCUUCCAAGGAAAUAUGCAAGGCAGGCAGGUAGGUCACAGCAGGGAUUAGAGAUGAAUCAUGCUGGGAAUAGCUCUUCAUCAGGUGUGUCUUAGCCAAGCAGGGGUCCCCAAGAAACAAGAUGUAUAAUAAAACUGAGACCAAACUAUUGCUCUGGUUCAGACACCAUAGAAGCUACAAAUUAUAUUGGAACAUGGCAUUCCAUACUUGUUCCGUUUAUUUUAUGUUUCAGAUUGUACAGGUUUACACUA